AUGGAGCAGAUCAACCAUCCCAGCGACUCUUACUACCACGGCCAGCACGGCGGCCGCACCAUCGCCGGACAGCCCUCAGCCACCUCCACACAAGUACAUACGCCUACGCACAGGCCCGGCACGCCCAGUGAUUCGGUGAACAGGAACCCGUUCCAAGAUGGUCUCGAGUCGCAAGCCUCCUACCGAUCACCACCAGGCACCAAUCCUUUCGCCAGCCCCGAAGCGUCGCGACCUGCCUCCAGCUUUGGCUCGUCGAGCGCAGUAGGCGCCCGCCUCGAUGAGCAGGCACACCGAUACUUCCAUAGCAGGAGAGUGCGCAAGGGCGACGUCGAGAAGCCGUGGCUAGACAAGAAGGAUCCCAAGGAGAAGUGGGUCACGAUAUUCCCACUCAUCGGCAUCUUCAUUGGUCUGGCCAUCUCGGGCUUCCUCAUCUAUGAUGGCAUAAGCAGUGUCGUCAAGCAUAACUACCGCCUGGUUCUCGACGAGAACUUCUCCCAGGGUUUGCGGGACGAUAUCUGGGAGAAGGAGAUCCAAGUUGGCGGCUUCGGAAAUGGCGAGUUCGAGAUGACCACCUCGUCCGAAGAGAACGUCUUCGUUCAAGGAGGCACUCUCUGGAUCAAGCCUACACUGCAGGACGCCGAGCUCAUGGAGAAGAACAACGUCAUCGAUCUCCUCGCCGCCGGUACCUGCACGUCGACGCUCUUCAAGGACUGCGUCGCCGCCACCAACCUCACAAACGGCAACAGCUCUGUGGUGCCGCCCACCAAGUCGGCCCGCAUCACCACCAAGAAGAGCGCAAGCAUCAAGUAUGGGCGUGUCGAGGUUACCGCCAAGCUCCCAGCGGGCGAUUGGCUGUGGCCCGCCAUCUGGAUGAUGCCUGUUGUGGACACCUACGGCCCCUGGCCCGCGUCUGGUGAGAUUGACAUUUGCGAGUCCCGUGGCAACAACCACACAUAUGCUCAGGGUGGCAACAAUAUUGUCUCUUCUGCCCUUCACUGGGGCCCUGAUCCGACUCUGGACGGCUUCUGGCGCACCAACAACAAGCGCGCAGCCCUGCACACCACUUACUCGGCAGGCUUCAACACUUUUGGCCUCGAAUGGUCCCAAAAGUACCUCUUUACCUAUGUCAACUCGCGCCUGCUCCAGGUUCUCUACACAAACUUCGACACGCCCAUGUUCCAGCGUGGAAACUUUCCUGCCAUCUCGUCCAACGGCACCCGUAUCCAGGACACGUGGUCGCAGACUGGCCGAAAGAACACGCCCUUCGACCAAGCCUUCUACCUGAUCCUCAACGUCGCCGUCGGUGGCACCAACGGUUGGUUCGAGGACGGCAAGAGCGGCAAGCCAUGGGUCGACGCCAGCCCCAAUGCCAAGCUGGACUUCUGGAACGCACGCGACACCUGGUACCCUACUUGGACGCAGCCCCAGAUGGAGGUCAGCCGAGUGCAGAUUUGGCAGCAGGCCGACGGCAAUGAGGAGCUCUAG